ACUCCGGCCCCAGGAGGCGGCUCCGGAGGGGCGGGCGGGUUCCACCCCCGGCUGGCCGUGUGCCAGCGCCUCCCAAUUCCAGGAGCUGGGUGCGGGCUCGUAGCGGCGGUCGGCGGCUCCGCUCCCGCCUGGGCGUCUGGGCUCAGGGCCAGGGCGGGCGAGGGACGGCGGCGGCGGCGCCGGGCCGCCGAUCCCACGGAGGGCGGCGGCCUGGGCCAGCCAAGCCAUGGCGGCUCCGGAGCCGGCGCCCAGGCGGGGCCGGGAGCGGGAGCGGGAGGAUGAGAGCGAGGACGAGAGCGACAUCCUGGAGGAGAGCCCUUGCGGCCGCUGGCAGAAGCGGCGGGAGCAGGUGAACCAGGGGAACAUGCCCGGGGUCCAGAGCACCUUCCUGGCCAUGGACACAGAGGAGGGGGUGGAGGUGGUGUGGAAUGAGUUGGACUUCGGGGAUAGGAAGGCCUUCGCAGCCCAUGAGGAGAAGAUCCAGACCAUGUUUGAGCAGCUGGUGCUGGUAGACCACCCCAACAUUGUCAAGCUGCACAAAUACUGGCUGGAUGCCUUGGAAGCCCGGGCACGGGUCAUCUUCAUCACAGAGUACGUGUCAUCGGGCAGCCUCAAGCAAUUCCUCAAAAAGACCAAGAAAAACCACAAGGCCAUGAACGCCCGGGCCUGGAAGCGCUGGUGCACGCAGAUCCUGUCUGCACUCAGCUUUCUACAUGCCUGCAACCCCCCCAUCAUCCACGGGAACCUGACCAGUGACACCAUCUUCAUACAGCAUAACGGCCUCAUCAAGAUCGGCUCUGUGUGGCACCGUAUCUUCUCCAACGCGCUCCCAGACGACCUCCGAAGCCCUAUCCGUGUGGAGCGCGAGGAGCCCCGGAACCUGCACUUCUUCCCGCCCGAGUAUGGUGAGGUUGCUGAUGGCACUGCCGUGGACAUCUUCUCCUUUGGGAUGUGUGCACUGGAGAUGGCUGUGCUGGAGAUCCAAGCUAAUGGGGACACCCGGGUCACAGAGGAGGCCAUCACUCGUGCCGGGCGCUCGCUGAGCGACCCCAACAUGCGGGAGUUCAUCCUCUCCUGCCUGGCCAGGGACCCCAGCCAGCGGCCCUCUGCCCACAACCUCCUCUUCCACCGCGUGCUCUUCGAAGUGCACUCUCUGAAGCUCCUGGCGGCUCACUGCUUCCUCCAGCACCAAUGUGAGGGGCAGGCAGGCUGGGACCUCAUGCCUGAGAAUGUGGUAGAGGAGAAGACCAAGGCGGUGGACCUACACGCGGUCCUGGCAGAGAUCCCCCGGCCACCCCGGCCCCCGCUGCAGUGGCGGUACUCAGAGGUCUCCUGCUUGGAGCUUGACAAAUUCCUGGAGGAUGUCAGGAACGGGAUCUACCCACUGAUGAACUUUGCCGCUGCUCGACCGCUGGGGCUGCCCCGAGUGCUGGCCCCGCCCCCUGAGGAGACCCAGAAGGCCAAGACCCCGACCCCAGAACCCUUUGACUCAGAGACCAGAAAGGUGAUCCACAUGCAAUGUAACCUGGAGAGAAGCGAGGAUAAGGCCCGCUGGCAUCUCACUCUGCUUCUGGUGCUGGAGGACCGGCUGCACCGGCAGCUCACUUAUGACCUGCUCCCAACGGACAGUGCCCAGGACCUCGCUGCUGAGCUAGUGCACUACGGCUUCGUUCACGAGGAUGACCGGCCCAAGCUGGCUGCCUUUCUGGAAAGCACCUUCCUCAAGUACCUUGGAGCGCAGCCGUGACCUCCAGACCCAGCCCCUCGGGAGCAGCCCUGGCAGCACCCAUCAGGAAGCUCAGCAUUGGCCCAGGGUUCAGAGGACCAGGGACUGUCCCUCUGAUUACAUGCUGGGGGGCUGAUACCAAACACCUGCCUUGUACAGCUUCCAGGGAGGCCCUGGAGUGGGGUGGGGAAGGUGGUGGCUUCGGAACCGCAGGGGGCCUAUCAGGGGGUGAAGGAGCCUAGGUUAGGGGUCAGGUGAGUUGUUAGGCCCCACACGUCCUUAGGAUCAGGAUCCCCCAGCUAGCCAGCUUCCACAACUCAGAAUCUCUUCCCACAUCCUUCCUUUCCUGGCAGAGAGCUCUCCCCCUACCCCAUAACACCUGGUCAGUGAUUGUACCUUGAGCAUGGGGAAGGCCGCCCUGCAGAGAACCGCAGUGCUGGGGGUCAGGGUCAGUGUUCUGGACAGAUGUCUGCCCAGGGAAAUGCUCCACCCCCCGUUGGAAGCACAGACCCCCCAUGAGGAGCCCCACAGUAAGCCAGUGGUACCGCACCUGCAGACAUCAGGCACACUGCUGGGAACCGGACAGGGCCACAAACUGACAGGAGAAACAGAUGACAGAGAUGCUUCCAGAAGCCCAAGUUCAUCAUUCCAUGUGGCUCUUGGACAGCCCUCCAACCCUGCCCAGUGCAGACUUGCCAUGGAGCCACCUUCAGACCUUCCGCUGCUCUGAGACGGGGACCUGCCACCCCUUUGUAGAUACCUUCUGGCCCGUGCAUCCCCCUUUGAAGGGCUAUUUUCUCUUCCAUUCCCUGGCCUGGAGGGGUUGGGCUCAGGCAUCUACCUGUUCCUCACUGUGCCUCCUCUCAAGUUCAUUACCCACUUUGUUACUUCCCUCACCUCUCCCCGUGGCAGCUGCCUCCUCCUGGGUCCUGAGGCUGUCAGCUCCUGACUCCCUGUCUCUCCCACGCAGCUGCUUCCCGCCCCUCACCGCCCCGGCCUCCUUUCUCCCGGGCCGCCUCCCCUUCAUCUUCAGGUUGAGUUAAACAUUCUUAAACACUUUAAAUCGCAUGUAUAAAUUUAGUGCAUUCAGGUUCCUUUUUAAGUAUUCCUAGUAUCAAACCAGGAAAGCUCACAGUUGUAUCAGUUCUCUGUUGUUGCUAUAAGAAUUUACCACAAACUGAAUGGCUUAAAAUACCACAAAUUUAUUGUACUUCCACAGGUCAACAGUCUGGCACGGGCCUCACCAAACUGAACUCAAGCUGUUAGCAAGGCUAUGUUCCUUUCGGGAGGUUCUAGGGGAGCCUAGAGCCAUUUCCUAGGUGUCCAUUUUCUGCUCCUUCAGGUUGUUGGCCUGCAGGUGUCAAGCAUGGUUCAAGCUCUGGGCACUGGGCAGGAACUCAUCUCCUUGCAGCGGUCGGGCCAAGGACCCCAUGUUCUUGCCCGCUGUCAACUGAAGGUCAUUCUCAGCGUCCGCAGGCACUGCGCUCCUUAGCUCAUGUACCCAUCUUCCGUCUUCAAGGCAGCAACAACUAGUGGAGUCUUUCUCAUGAGCCGUCUGUCUGGUUUUUUGCACCAGGAAAGCCUCAUGUAAUUAGGUUGGGUCCACCUGGCUAAUCCAGAAUAAUCUCCCUACCGCAAACUUCCUUAAUCAUACCUACAAGAUCCCUUUUGCCAUAUAAAGUAACAUUCACAGGCUCUGGGGUUCCAGCGUGGACAUCUUGGAGGGAAGGUGUCAUUUUUCCACCUACCACGUCACCCUAACCCAAACCAAACCAAACCAAAAUUACCAAGGUAUAUCAAAUGAAUUAAAUGUACAAGCAUAGUGAAUCUCAAGUUGUCUUAAAACACCCAGAAGUUAUUCAAAUUCUCACAUCUUCCAACCUAAAUACCAACUCUAAAAUAACUUACACGUCCAGUUGGAAAUCCUAAACUAUCGUCUUAAAGUAAUUUGAGUGUCAAAUGCAUAACAGAUUGUACCCAUGAUUAAACUGAACUCAAAAAGUAUCAAUACUAUCAUGGCUUCAUUUAAUCAUGCUUUUGUUGAGGUUUUCAUUUUAACUUUUAUCUUUUCAAAGUUAUAUACACAUCGUUCUAAAAGUGCAAUGUUUUUGUAACCAACAAUAAACAAUCAAUGCAGUCUC